CCAAUAUGGCGGAUUCGUGUUGUGSUCAGAGUGACUUUUUGCUGCAAUUAUGACUUUUGUUUUGAGGUUUUUGACUUCCUUAAGUACAAUAUGACUUCUCUGAAGUCUUGUGAUCCYGCACUUCGACGAUAUCUUUUGAUACAUCGUCUUCCUGAUGUUUUUGAGGCUAUUUUAACAGCWUUAGCCAUCAACUGUCCCAAAGACCCUMAAGAAUUUAUCCUUGAGAAACUCAACUUACUUUUGUCAGAUGAAGACCUGUUUGAAGACCUUAGAUGGGAUACAUUUAUUGAUAAAAAGCUUGCACCAAAGACCAUCAGAAUUAGACCUAAGGAAUUUGAUUUCCUGUGGUCGUAUGAAGAUGAAAAUUCCCAGCUUGUGCGGUGGAUUGCAUUUGUUGUUAAACGGAAAGAGAGGCAAGAAGCAAUAAGUUCAAGGAUUCGGCGUGUCAUCACUAUUUCCUUACUGCGCUUGGUGUUUAACGCAUGGCGUAAUGUUACCGCUGAUGCAAGAAGAACAAAGGAGUAUUUUGAGAGGAUAGAAAAAGGUGAAAUCAUAGAUGCAGGUCAAGAUGGAUUUAUCUGUACUGGACCUGAAGGAUCAGAUGCAAAUUCUAGCAACCUUUUAUGGGGUAGAAAUGCCAAACCACCUUCUCUGCUAGCGCCAAUGACCAUUCUACCAGAAACUUACCCUUCUCUUAGUUAUGCAAUUUUUUGUUUYCUGACUGUUGGUGAUCUGAGUCGUUGYGCAAGAUGUUGUCGGAGUUGGAAAAUGUUGGUUCAAGCAAAUAUUCUUUGGAGUAAAGUGGAUAUGACCCAAGUUAGACACAGUGCUACAAAUAAAGUGACAUCAAAACUGAUUCACAAGUGUAGACCAUUUCUUGGUCACCUAAACCUUAGAGGUUGUUACAACCUGACUCGCGACAGUCUGAAAGUCGUUGGACAAUGCAGAAACUUGCAGGAUCUUAAUUUAUCAGAUAUCCAAGGAGUUAAUGAUGAAGUAAUGAAAGAUAUAGCCAUUGGUUGUACUAGUCUGCUAUAUCUAAAUAUAUCAGGCUGUCAAAUAUCGGACUCUACCCUAAGAUACCUUGCAAGAUAUUGUACUAACAUGCAGUAUCUCAGCCUCGCCUACUGCAAUAAGUUCACCAACAAAGGUCUAAGUUACAUGGCAAGUGGAAAAGGAUGCAACAAAGUCAUCUACCUUGACACCUCAGGAUGUGUUCAGAUCACCGAAGAAGGCUACAAACACAUAUCCAUGGGUUGCUCUAGUCUCAACACUAUUAUCUUGAACGAUUUACCCAAUAUGAGGGAUGAAUGUAUCAAGGCAUUGACAUCAGAUUGUCGUUCAAUAAGGACCGUUUCCAUCCUAAACUCUCCUUUCCUUUCUGACAUGGCUUUUAAAUGUCUGGCAACAUGUAGGCGUCUCCAUAAGAUUCGUAUAGAAGGUAAUAAUCGUAUUACAGAUGCAUCCAUCAAAGUCCUUGCCAAAAGUUGCCCAUUACUGGACCAUGUGUACUUAGUUGAUUGUGCGAGACUUACAGAUUUGUCACUAAAGGCCUUGGCUUCCUGUAAACACUUACGUGUAGUGAAUAUUGCUGAUUGCGUUCGAAUACAAGAUACUGGUGUUCGGCAAAUCGUGGAAGGACCGUCCGGGGCAAAGCUACAAGAACUCAACCUAACGAAUUGUGUGCGUGUCAGCGAUGUUACUCUGCUACGAAUUGCACAAAGGUGCCACUCCCUAGUGUAUGCUAGUUUCUGCUACUGUGAACACGUGACCGACGCCGGGGUUGAGCUACUGGGUACUCUACCAGCCUUAGUYUCCUUAGAUCUSUCUGGAUGUAAUYUACAAGACGCAGGCGUAGCAGCACUYGGCAAUAAUCCUCAAUUUAGAGACAUUAUCUUGAGUGAAUGUAAUAAAAUAACAGACUUGGGWCUACAGAAAAUGUGUCAGCAGUGCCGCAUGUUGGAGAAUCUGGACAUAUCUCAUUGCACACGUCUCACUGACAAUGCUAUCAAGAAUCUUGCUUUCUGUUGCCGAUUGCUUCGAACUCUCAACAUUGCUGGUUGUACCUCGARUUGCUGUACAAAAGAUUCAAUUCAAAUGUGA